UACGUCACACCGGCGUCGGCCAUCUUGGAUUUCGUCUCGUUGUAGUUGCAUCACAACUGAACAGUUCGCUGUUUUCUGGCCAUGUUUUCGGCUAGAAUAAAUUCCCUGGGUUUUACCAGGUAUUUAUCAGCAACAACAAACCAUGUGGCUCAUGGAUUGAAGGGAGCUCCUGCUGUAGUUCUACCCACAGUCGAGAAAGUAGUUCCGCCUCCAGUGGCAAAGACAAACCAAACUUUGAGUUCAAUCACACCGACCGGUAACCUCGUCGCCACAAACAAAGUCUUUGGUAGGACCCAGGCUAGGUUCAGUCACACAGACGUCAACAUGCCAGACUUCGGGGACUACCGUAGACCUUCGACAAGCGAGGUUGGAAAGACUGAAACCACAGAGAUUGGUAGACGGGCCUUUACCUACCUGGUCGUGGCUGGUAUGGGUGUAACUGGGGUGCACACAGGCAAGAACCUAUUGGUGAACUUCCUGUCGACAAUGAGUGCCUCUGCUGAUGUGCUAGCCAUGGCCAAAAUUGAAGUAGACCUCAAUACCAUUCCAGAGGGCAAAAACAUGGUGUUCAAGUGGAGAGGAAAGCCUCUCUUCGUCCGUCAUCGCACUGCUGAUGAAAUCUCUGAGGAGCAGAAUGUAGAUGUUGCAUCCUUGCGCCACCCAGAAGCGGAUGCUGACCGUGUCAAGGAUGACAAAUGGCUUGUCUUGAUAGGCGUAUGCACUCAUUUAGGGUGUGUCCCAAUCUCUAAUGCCGGCGAGUAUGGAGGCUACUACUGCCCAUGUCACGGAUCCCAUUAUGAUGCAUCAGGAAGAAUCCGUAAAGGCCCUGCCCCACUCAAUCUUGAAGUCCCAGAACACUCAUUCCUUGACGAGUCCACCCUUGUGGUCGGUUAAACAAGGGACCCCUUUUAAAAUGAUGUACAUUAUUGGGUAGUGUAUGUAUUAUGAAGUAAGACAAGAUAAUUUCAUCUAUAUAAUAACAGUGGUCAGUUGAGUGGGCUUUUCAUAAAAAUAAUUAACUUGGCUUUUGACUUUAAGUUGUUAUGUGUGAGUUUUCCAUCAUGUAAAUCUCCCAUCACAACUACUCAAUAAAAUUGCUUUUAUUUAA